CACCCUGCUGCUGAUCUGCGGAAGAAGAGUUUGUCUGCGUCCCGCGCUGAUAAAACCGAUCACUUCCUCCAGCCGGUCUGCUCAGACUCCAUCAGUCAUGAUCCGCACCGCGCGUGCUGGACAGCUGACACGACUCAGAAGAAACGACCAGAUGCUCGUCCCCGCGAGGCAAUCAUUGGAAACUAGAGCAGGCUGGAUGCAGGUAGAGAGUUUGCUAAAGUUUGCAGAUCAGUUUCAGAGAUCACUCGGCGACAACAGGAAACGAGAGAGAGGGCGACGCUGACUGAACUGAAACCUGCAUGCAUGAAGCUUCGACCCCGCCAUGCUGCCCGGCUGUCUGUGAACUGAGGCGAUGGAGAGCCCGUCGUCCACAGCGAGGCGGCGAGCCUGGAUCAACAGCAGCCGACAGCAGCCCACUCGGGAGGAGCUGGACCCCGACGGACCGCCGUGCAACCUCCCCUCGGCCUCGACAGCAGACAACGAUGUCUUUUCUGACGGAUGCUUCACAGGAAAGAUUGAGAACUGGCUCCUGGGUUGUGGGUCAAAGGAGAAUAGUCAGCUGAGUUUUGAGUCUGUGAAACCCAGCAACGUUGACGAUGAGCUCAAUCUUGGUGCUGAUGCUUCUUUGAUAAAUGUUGGAGCGAGUACAUCUGAAGCUGGCGUCGCACAGCAUCCUUCCCCCAAACAGGGUCCCAGCAGACUCACCAGUACCCCUCGGCAGCGACUACGUCCGCCGUCGCUGAACUUGGGCCUCAGCAUGGCCUCCAGCGACCUCUCCUCCUCCAGCUGUACAAGUACAUCAAGUGUAUCGGAGAUCCUGCAGUUGUGUUCGGAGGAUGCUGAGGAGACGCUGUUCGAGCUGGGUUUCGGCUGUGAUGAGCCGCAGGUCACUGUUCGCAUCCCGCCGCGCUUCUUCACCUUCCCUUCUUCGUCUCAGGGCAUCAACCUCCGCCUCUUCCUCGACUCACAGCUACGGCGGAUACGAGAGGAAGACCAAAGCCUCUCUCUUGCAAGUCGCUUUAGACAAGUGGAAGUGCUCACAGCAAUGGCCAACGCGUUCUACUCCCUCUACUCUCACGUGUCCCGCACUCCUCUUCAGAAACUGGCCCCACCAGAGUGUACCUUCCCCUCGUCUCCCGUGGAGAGGAUCGAACGCUUCAAGAGCAGCGUCCGCAGCGAGCCUCGAUCUCCUGUGGAGAGGCUGAAGGACACUGUCUCCAAGAUGUGUCUCUACACGGGUUCUCUUCGGGGGUCAGACUCCACCUCUUCUCAGCCCUCGCCCAGAAAAAGGCCCAGCCUGCCGGAUGUUGUGAAGAUAGUCCUGGAGAAAGUUAAGACUGGGGCCAGCAAGAAACUGGAUUUAGUGGUAAAUGAUAGUAGCAAAUCAGCUGUGGAUAUGAGGCUGGUCACGGGUGAUGCUCCAUCUUGGCACAGUGGUGAAGAGGAGCAAACACAGCAGGGCGCGGCGGACACAGAUAUUCAUCCAAAUGUAAAUACGACCGGUCAUAAGGAGAUGGAGGGCAGUAAACAGGGAGAUAAAGUUGAUGCCGAUGAAAAUGGCGUCAAAUCAGGAGACCUUGACGGAAGGACUCAGAGUGAAGGAACGUCUCCAGCGUCAUCAUUGUCAGGAGAAACCGUGAUAGGAGCGGAUCAUCAGUUUAUUUCAAAUCAAAGUGACACAACGACUGUUGAUCUGAAACCAGUGGACAAGCUUACGUAUGAUGUAAUCUGCCCGCAGAUAGUGGAGAGUGUACACCAGGCGCAUUUCUGCUGUCGAGACACACAUGGUGCAAAAACAAACAGCUCACCUCCUAUCUCCACUGAGACUGGCAGCAUCGAUAGAUCACGUCCUGGAUCACAUAAACCCGAUGUACAAACCGCUUUCUCUGAGUCUGAUGCCGGACAGCUGGGUGCAUCCAGGUCACUUCCUGUCCUGGCCUUCAGUGGUAGCAAUGCCCGGUGCUGCAUCACUGUGACUGGCUGGGAGGGGGACGACGUCUCUUCUACUGUCCCACCUGUCCAGGGCUGUGAAGGGUCGCUCAACGGGGGGGAAAGCCGGUACCUGAAUCCACAGAUGCACCAGGGCCUCGGGCACGACUCAAAGAACCUGCAACAGGUUAACUCCUUUGAGCUGGAGGAGGUGCUCAGUGCAGGUGAGGACGACUUUGGACAAUUAGAGACUACAAGAACAACAACAUCCCAGUUGUCCAAACAUCAAUAUAAAGGUGAGGUUGUCCGGGGCGACAGCAUGCAGUCAGACAGCAGCGGCUAUGCAGACGAAGAAGUCAGCUCCUCAAUGAACACACAAAGCAGAUGACUGAAAACCAUGUAAACAUUAACAAUCAGUGGUACCCCCCCCGAGCACUCAUACUGAAUAUAGAACAUUGUAAAUAAGUUAUAAUAUAGUAAAACUGUUCAAGUUAAAAUGGCUUGAGGAAAUAC